AUAGCAGCAGCCUCCAAGAUAUCCACUGGAGGGAUUCUAUACGAGGUACGUACCCGGGAAGGCGCUGAUUACUUACGACAGAACUCCGGCGCCUUCGAAGAACGGUAUCAUCCAACGGCGGUCAUUCGCGAUCGACAACCCUGCCCAGUCCUUGCCGAGUUCGUGCCCAUACAGUUUGACCCCGACCGCCCCGAUGACCUUCGCGAAAUCGAGGAAGUCAACGAAUACGAACCCAACUCAAUCACACGCGCCCGCUGGAUUCGCCCUAUCCACCGCCGAAAGCCCAACCAACGAGUUGCGCACGCCAUACUAUACUUCCGCGAUCCGCAAACGGCAAACAGCGCUAUUACUUCA